AUGACAGAAGGGCAGAAAAGUGGCCCAUCUGAAGAUGAGUACCAAGGCCAGAUCAGUAGCAUUCAACAGAUCUUCGCAGAGUAUGAUCACAACGGCAGCGGCAAGGUUCGUGUGGAGCGAAUCCCCGAUCUGAUCCUGAAUUUGGGUCGAGACCUGCAAGUCGGACGAGAAGUGGCCCGACAACUCAGUGGCAGCGGUUCGGUGGAAGUUGCGACCUUUGAGGAAGUGGUACAGACCCUGAAGAAGGUGGAAGAGACUCAGGAUCGAGAAGUAGAUGGUGAAACCACUACGCCUUUGACGCUGUUGAAGAGGCUGAACGCCUAUAAAAAGCAAUGCGAAUCCAAUGGUGAAUACGUCGAGGCACAAAAAGCUCGAAAGAAAUAUGAAGAGCUGCGUGCCAAGGAAGAGGAACGCCAGAGAAGGCUAGUUGAUCAGGCCCAACAGCAGGAGAUGAUGGAGGUGGAACAAGCCCAGCGAGCGCAGUUCCUGGGAUUCUCCAAUGCCUGGGAUAAGUAUAUGGCAGACUACGAAUCCACUGCCUACAUGAGCUUGGAGAGACUGAAGGAACAGCACGGAGAGGAGUUGAGCAAGUUCCAGGAAAUGAUUCGCCACCAGCCAGCGCGGGUGAAGUGUUCCCGCGAGCUGCUUGAGCUGCGGCGGAAGCAAGAAGCCUUGGCGAAGCUUGGGAAAUACGAAGAGGCUUGGAAGGUGAAAGAGGAAGGAGAUCAGCUGGAACAGUGGGAGCAGGCCCGGAGUGCCUCGUUGGUCAGCGACAGCGCCAAACGGCAGGAGGGGCGCUUGAGGUCGCAGCAGCAGAAGGCACUUCAGGCCCUGCUGAAACGGAUCCAGCGGGAUCGCGGCGAGCAGAUUCGACAUCGCCAGAUGGAUUCCCAACGCCUCAUUCAGCGGAACAAAAACUUGAAGGCAGAUCUCUACAAGAAGCAGCAUUUGGAAUUCCAACGAGCGGAAGCGGCCAUCCGUUCCAUCAUGUCCCAACCGGAGCACGCCCAACGGCUUCUGGAUGAACAUGAUCCUGCCUCAGUGGCUCGCAGUGCCGCCAUGGGAGAGUUGCCAGCCUUGGGUCGCAUCAAAUGGAAGGGUCCUAGCCUUCCAGAGAACUACAUGCCUCCCGGUGGCAUCUCCAAGGGCUUGGUGAAAACCGCUCGACCACGGCAGGAAAGUGAGGAAAUCAGCAAGUUCGGCAAGUUGAAACCAUGGCAGGUCGAGGUGGUUUGCGCGGGGCCCAAGACGGUUUGGCUUUUGCUUGCAAGAACUGUGCAGACGUGUCGCUUUGGAGCGCGAGAGGCGAGUUUUUGGUCGCUGGCUGUGACAGGAGAUCUGUUGCAGCAACCUCGCAGAUUUCACCUGGGACUUUCAAUCUGGCAAUGUCGUGGAGAUAGAAUGGCCAAGGAUCUCCUGGAGUUGUCAGAGGAGGACACGGACCAGCUACGCUUCGAGAUGGUCGCCUUUGAGACUCCAGAGGAAGCUAUGAGUCUCUGGGAGGCAUGUGUCCUACGACAAGAUGUCGGACCUACUUCAGCACACUUGUUCGUUCGCGUCAUGCUCUUCGAUGCCCAAAAGCAAUCCAUGGCAGCGCUGCACUUUGCUCAGGUGGUCAACAUGAGCGUUUGUGAUCCUGAAAUCCAAGCAGAUCACAAGGCUCUUCAGCAGCUGCUGUCAACUCCCGGGCCAGCGUCCAGUCGUUUGGCCGAGGUGCUGUCACCGCUGAUCCGAGGGAACUGCAAAUCCUUUCUGCUGUGCACCGUCCCCGAACGACCUGGAAAAGGAGACGAGGCUCGGAAGCUCUUGGAUCUAGCAGAGCAGGCGUCACUGAUCACGGCCAACUGCCAGCGACUGCAGGGUAAACGCUGCGAAGACUUUCAUUGGGCCAAGAUGGAAGAUGUUCUUGGCAGACUUCGAUCGCCACUUCCUGUCGCAGAGCCCCGUUCGCCCGAAGCGGCCGCGUUGGCGCGGAGGAGCCCCGCUGACGAUGCUGCAGGUCAGAGCUUGGGUCCAUCUGACAGCUCAGCAUCCAGGCUGGCUUCCGGAGAGCAACCAACUCGUCCAAGACCGGAAGUUGAAGGCAGCGGAACCUACGAAUCGCCCACGCAGCUCGUAGAGGUGUCGGAGCCGCUAGUGGCAACACCACCACCAGAGGGGAACUCUCGAAAGCGUGGUCGCCCACCCACAACGCCCGAGGAGAAGAAAAGUGAUGAGGCCACUUGCAGCCAGGAGUACCACGAGUUGGCAGCCGCUGUGGCAGCGUUGAGGGCCAAGAACAAGGCGAAGGCCCAAGCAGUUGCUAUCCCAAGAACGGAGGCCUCCAAUUGGGGAUGUUCAAUGUCAUUCAUUUUCUCUUGA